GUUGGCACACACACCACAAACACACGUACACGCUCUCUGCUUGGUGUUCGCUUUUUUUUUUUUAUCAGAUCAGAUCUGUGUGAGAAAAUGGGGAGGAAAAUGGAGUAUUUGGCAAUGAAGACCGAUCAUCCAGCCCCAACCCAAUCGAUGAAUUCCGACAUGAAUGAGCUGAAGAUCGCCGCCAAGCGACUCAUUAACGACGCCACCAAGGUCGGUGGCCUAGGGUUCGGCACUUCCUUCCUCGAAUGGGUUUCCUCCUUUGCUGCUAUUUACUUGUUGAUAUUGGAUCGAACAAACUGGAGAACAAACAUGCUGACUUCACUUUUAGUUCCUUAUAUUUUCUUUAGUCUUCCGUCAGUCUUGUUCAACUUCUUAAGAGGAGAGUUUGGGAAAUGGGUUACUUUCAUUGCAGUUGUACUAAGGCUUUUCUUCCCUCGCUAUUUCCCGGACUGGCUGGAGAUGCCCGGGUCGUUGAUUCUUCUUCUGGUAGUUGCUCCAAACUUCUUUGCACACACCCUACGGGAGAACUGGGUCGGCGUCUUUAUAUGUCUUAUUAUUGGUUGUUAUCUGCUGCAAGAACACAUCAGGGCAUCCGGUGGAUUCAGAAAUUCCUUCACACAAACCAAUGGUAUAUCUAACACACUCGGCAUUAUCCUUUUGUUAGUGUAUCCGAUCUGGGCACUGGUAGUCGACUUCAUCUAGUUUUUACUGCCUACACCAACUUUGUUUGUGAUUGUUCAAUAGUUUUGCAGUGUUGGAUGAUAGACUUUUCAGUAGUUUUAAAAAACUGUAUCAGAUCAUGUUUUCUCUCGUUUCACAUUUGUAACUUUUACCUGGAUCAGAAUUUUGAAAGCUUAUCUGUUACUAUAAAGUUUUUCGUCUGCGAAGUAAAGAUGUUCUUCCCUAUCAA